AUGGCACUUCGUGGUGCUGAUGGUGAAUUUGCCGGCUGGGUUUACAAACAGGGCUCGAUAGUGAAAAGCUGGAAAAAGCGCUAUAUGGUCUUGAGUGGUCGACAGCUCACAUAUUACGACACAGCCAAGGUAGACCAAAAGGUCAAACCCAAGGGUAGUUGUCAGGUGAUAACUGUAGAGUUGAGUACUGACAUUCAGAACGGAUUGCUGGUACACGGCCGCGGCGGCCGUGUGCUUAAGCUGUAUACAGCAUCGGCCGAAGCUACCAGCGCUUGGUAUAAUAUGAUUCUAGAUGCCACCAAGGCUGCUCCGCAACAAUUUAUGGCUGCUCCACCAGAUCGCUUUUCAACGCUUUCGGCCUCCGCGUCGAAGCCCGCGGAUGAUGAAUUGGAGCUUUUAGAUCAUCUAGAGUCUCUGUCGCUCAGCGAGGAUGGCAGCGAGCAAGUAACCCAUUCGGGUUGGCUUAAGAAAGAGGGAGCUCGCGUGAAAAGCUGGCGACGACGAUUUUUUGUGUUACGUGGAAAUUCGUUGUCUUAUUUUAAUUCAGAGGACACAGGGGCUAUCGCCAAGGGCUCUGGCGAUGUCCGAGCAGUAGAAGUGAACACAAUAAAUAACGGACUGGAUAUCUCAUUUGAUACUGGUCGAGUGUUGCGAGUUACGGCGAAAAAUAGCAAAGAAAUGGAACUUUGGCUUUGUAAGCUUAGUGACGCCAUUGAAGCCGCAAACAGGGAGAUAAAUGAUGUGCGGCAGUCCCUGGCGGUACGCAACUCGUUGCCGAUACAAAGACUUUCUCCUACCAGAUGGAAGCAGCAGCAGAGAAUGCAGCACUAUGACAGCAGAUUUACAGGAAUAAAAAUGAGACACUCUUUAGCUUCUGUGCCAUCGAAGCCAAGAGGAUCAGUAGCUGAAACGCCAGAAAUGCCACGACGACGCACAGUAGGCGAAAACGUGUCAUCGUUAUCACUUGAAGAUUCAUAUCUGUCGUCCGGCUUAUCGUCACCAUCUUCCACCAGCUCAUGUUAUGUCUCAAACUUGUUCGCAGAUGGUUCAGUGGCAAGCCCAACCGUGACUACAAAUAACACAAAUACCACACAUAACUCGUCAAGUUCCACAUUUUCUGAUAGUGACGGGUAUGACAGCGACGACAGUGAUGGUGACUGGAUUUAA